AUGGCUUAGCAAUAGCGAAAUGAAACAAUAGUGCCUAUUUUGGUUACUCAGGAGGAAUAUAAUGAAAUAAUGAAAUAACCAGAUUAUAUGUAGCAAUAACUCUUAUAGUAAUUGCAACAAAAAAAGUAUGAGUAACAAUAAUAAAUAUAUCAACAUCCCUAUUUACAAUAUCAGAAUUAUUAACAAUAAUAAAACAAUAAUAAGAUUGAGACAUAAUCACCAAUCCCUUCAAAUCCUAUUAAUAAUAACCCAAAUUAAUAAUAACAAUAGUAUUACUACACACCUUAGCAAUUACUUUUAUAAUAAUAUAAUCAAAAUUUAAAUUAAAAUUAAGUAUAAAAAGAAAUAGUAAUCUUGUAACAUAAAGAAGUUGAAGUUGCUGGUGAACGCGAAGUUUAAUUUUUCAAUUAAAAUCUAGCUAAAUAUUUUUCGCUAGAAUUAUCUAUUUCUUUAUUGCUUAAUUGUGUUUCAGCAUUGUUUCGAAUGAAGAUUAUUAAUCAUUAUUGGCACUGGAGCAGUGAACUAUGGGUGGUUAUAGGUCUAUACAUUUUGUUGAAUUUAUUUAUAUUGACUAAUCCAAAGCUAAUCUUAUAAAACAAUCAUUAAAAGUUCGUAUAUGUUAUACAUGUAAUUUUAUAUUCCUUGCUAUUAUAAGGAUUGUAAAUAGCAAUAUAAGGCUAUGAGUACUUCUUUUGGAACUAUUUCUUUUUCUUCUAUUUUAUGCUUACUGCAAGCUUAAUAUCAGUCUGCUAUUUUAUUUAAUAAAAAGGAAUAAAUUUAUCCUUGAGCACUUAUUUACCAGCCAUAAUUGCUCCUCCAAGCAUCAUAUUCCUGCUUUAACUGAUUUGUGUCCAGAGAUUUUACUUACCAUUGGUAUUAUGGGGAAUCGUCGUUGUAUUUCUAGCCUUGGGAGUGAUAUUACUAUUUAGAAGAAUAAAUAAAUUGGGAUAUAACAAACAUCAUACUAAUGAUUUUUAUGCCGUGGCAUCUAUUUUACAUAUGUUAAUGAUCAGUCCAUUUUAUGAUAACGAAUGA